GAAAUCAUGGGAGCAAUCAACUCUACAGUGUAAACGAGGAACGUGUACGUUGACUAGUCGCUGCCUUAAUUACUCCGUCACGCUCCACAAGAAAUCUCAGAUUUCAAACCAAGCCCAAUCCAGAAGACCUAAUUGUUCAGUUCAGUGCGGGUCCUCCAUCGCCUAGAGCUCUAAAAGUUGAGGGAUUUGAAUUAGGAACAGCUUCUGCUUGCUUUGAAUCGACCUUGGAAAAACUCUAGCAGUUAUCCUCUAAGAGAGUCGCUGAGGGCGAAAGCAAAUAAACAGAACUCAUAAUGGCUCAGAAGCUUGAAAUGAUCAGAGGCGGAGGAGGAUCCAUCAAAAUAGGAGCAACAGGAACGGUCGCAACUCUAAUGACUCGUGAGCUAGACUCCAUGAAACAACCUUCGCCUCAGACUCCCACAACAAGACCCAUUAGAACAACCAUCCCUGUCUCUGUUGACUGUGGCACCUCUUCUUCCACUCCAAGAAGACCAAAAGCAAGAAAAUCAUCAGAUGAAGCUAGCAGCAGCAAUGUUAGGACACCAAAGGGUCACAAUGCUAAAGGCACUCAUCAGCUUCCAAAUGUUGCCUCCGAUAACGCUAGAACACCAAAGGGUCACAAUGCAAAAAGCACUCAUCAGCUUCCAAUGCUUGGCUCUGAUAAUGUAUCCUUGCAAGGAACUCCUAGAAGAGAGAAGCGAAUGAAUAUUGUGGAUAUUGUGGAUGUGAAAUGCGGGAAUCCAGAUCGGGCUUGGGCUAAUCCAAUAACCAGUAGACUCAAGAAGCUUGGCUUCUCUAAACUCAAUGAGAGCAUUGGUUAAAGUAGCUCUCUGCUAUGCAAACUUUACCUUAUUAAAUACGCUGGCCCAUCCGGUCUGUUUAUCGGUAUGAACCGGUUUAAACCAAAAUGAGAAUGUGCUAUAUUUCUUUUGUCCAAACCAACAAUGUAAUUGUAAACGGAGCUUUUGGUUGUCAUUGCAUUCAUUUAUUUUUGACAUC